GGAUCAUCACUGAGCUCUAUCGGGUGGACGUGGGUACACCGCAUUGAUACGAUAGAAAAAUCUUGCGAGGCGGGAAUCGUGGUGAAGCGAAGUGGUUACACCUCCGACAUAUUGUACACACUAUUCUCGUAUGUUUUCGAAAAGCUCCAGCUGCAUCGGGUGUGUAUAAAAACGGAGAAUGACAACUUGGAAAUGAGGGGGUGGCUAGAGAUUCGUGCGGGGGCCAAAAUAGAGAUAAAGGAGCGAGAGGCAUGGACUGAUCUGAUCAAUGGAGGUUAUUGUAAUGUUGUUGGCUAUGGGAUAUUAGAUUGGGAGUGGCAGAACCGUAUCAAGGCCAUUUUGGAAAGUCGUUUGGGUUUAUAA